AUAACAUGUUAAGGACCAUGUGGUCGGUAUGAUUAGUGCGUUAAUAAUUUUAAAACCGUUUUACAUCUAUACGUACUUUUGAGAUAGAAUGUCAUUUUUUAUAAGAAAUAGCCGAGGUGGCGGACCACAAAAAAGAAAGUACAAUGGACAUGUAGAUAAAAGUAAAUCAAAAGGAUCUACUGCAAAGUCUAAAACCAAAAGUAAGCGAAAAGGUAUUCCGCAUGAUGAAGAAAGUAUCGCCAGUAGUGAUGAAGAAUUUGCAGAAGAAAAACAAAGAGAAAAGAAUGAUGAUUUGGAAGAAGAAUCAGAGGAUGAAGAAGAAACAGCUCAAGAAAAACGAUUACGAUUAGCUAAGAAAUAUCUUCAAGAAAUUGAAGAAGAAGAAAAAGAUCGAGCUGAAUUCGAACAAGGUGCAGUUACAAAGAGGUUGCAUGAAAAGUACUUGGAAGAUAAGGGAAGAUUACGAAAAACAGUAGCAAGUAAUUACACUGGUCACAAAGACGUAAUAGUAUUGCGCUGUAAAGACCAUAAAGAUUCAGUCACGUGUUUAUGUAUUUCCAGUAAUGGCAAGUUUAUAUAUUCAGGGUCCAAAGAUGGUACUUUAGUUAAGUGGUCUUUAACUGAUAGGAGUAAGUUAAAAGUUGUUAAAGGAAAAGGAAAGAAACAGGAUGGCAUGAAAAAUGUAACCUGUGUUGCCAUCAGCACUGAUGGAAAAUUUUUGGUAGUAGGACACAGUGGAUCCAAGGACAUAAAAGUAUUCUCUGGAGAUGAUCUGAGUCAUAUAAAGAAUCUGCAGCAUCAUAGAGCUCCCGUAACUGGUUUAGUGUUUCGCAAAGAAACCCACACUUUAUAUUCAGCUUCAGAAGAUCGAAGUGUCAAAGUUUGGAAUUUGGAUGAAAUGGCUUACGUUGAGUCAUUAUUUGGUCAUCAUAGUAGUAUUACAUCAAUCGAUGCUCUUGCACGUGAGCGAGCUAUUACAAGUGGUGGCUUUGAUAAAUCCUUAAGAAUAUGGAAAAUUGUCGAAGAGUCUCAAUUGAUAUUCAAUGGCGACGGUGGGAGUAUAGAUGCCGUUAAACUUAUAAAUGAAGAAAAUUUCCUUAGUUGUGGUGCGGAUGGUCAAUUAUGCAUAUGGGGCUGCCUAAAAAAGAAACCUCUAUGUUCUGUACAAGACGCACAUGGAAAGGAUGAAACUAAUGGGGAACCCAUGUGGAUUUCAAGCAUAACCGCUUUACUUAAUACAGACUUAAUAGCAUCAGGUUCCAACGACGGUGCUAUACGAUUGUGGAAGUGUGGUGACUCGUUCAGAACAUUAACGCCUCUGUUUGAAAUCAAAGUGACUGGCUUUGUAAAUUCUCUCGCUUUUACUCCAGAUGGUAAUCACCUCGUUGCCGGUAUUGGACAGGAACAUAGGUUAGGAAGGUGGUGGCGAAUACCCGAAGCAAGAAAUAGUAUUAUAAUAAUUCCACUGAUCCAACAAAAAUCCGAUAAUUAAAGUGUCGUUUUUAUGCCAUUAAAAUUUACUGCUUAA